GAGCAGCUCGUUGGAUGUGAAUAACCGCAGACGCUGAAGCCAAGAAGAGCAUCUGCAUGAACAAUGAACCGGCGGACUUGGACGGAAAUCGUUUGGUGAAACGGACAUAAAGUGGACGUGUGAGCAGCGCCGGGGAGAUGGAAAUGCAGGAGAGCGGCGAUUUGCUGGAUGUCUGUGGCGUGAAUGACCUCUAACGAAACAGGGAAUUAGGAAUUUCUACUUUGCUGUCUGCAAAGUCAAUCCUCGCAUCGAGAGUGUUAAUGUUGGCUGGCCUGUGUUUGGUUGCUGAUGAACAUUAACAGCAAGGCCAAGCAUUUUAUACCUUAAGUAGCCUUAUUGUCUCGAUUUAUUUAUUUCAAUUUCUGGUCAUUGAAUGGCCUUUAGUCUACUAUUGUUUAUUUCAAAGUGUCUAAUACUUAUUGCAGUACGAUUUUAAUACACGUUAUUAAACCACUGCCUCAUAUUUACGUGCUGUGACACAGAGGCGAAUAUUAAUUAUAGCAGAUCAGCCUUUCUUUUAUGAAAUACUGAUGCCAUAAUCCACUCGGUGUCAUGAGUUGGCCAUCUGUCGUGGACACCUACUUAAACCUGCAAGCAGAUUAAUCAAGGUGUAAGGAUUUAAAGGCAUCAGUCAGGACGUUUCUGUGCCAGAACUCUGCUGGGCUUCCUGGUAAAGGAAGGGAUGCUCUUGGCCACAGUUGGCUCAUUGGAGGAGAGAGACGAGGAGCAGGAGGAGGAAGGCGACGAGGAGUUGAGGGAUGGAGGGGUGCCUUUCUAUGUGAACAGAAGUGGCUUCCCGGUGGAUGAGGAGACUUGGGAGAGGAUGUGGCGCCAUGUGGCUCGAAUCCAUCCCAGCGGUGAAGCAUUGGCGAAGGCGAUAAGAGGUGCCACUGACCUGCCCAAGAUUCCAAUACCAAGUGUGCCUACAUACCAGCCUACCACCACUAUCCCACAGCGCCUGGAAGCCAUACAGAAGUACAUCAGGGAAUUGCAGUACAAUCACACAGGAACGCAGUUUUUUGAAAUAAAGAAAAGCCGCCCUCUUACUGCGUUAAUGGACAUUGCUAAGGAGAUGACGCGGGAGGCUCUGCCAAUCAAAUGUCUGGAGGCAGUGAUCUUGGGAAUUUACCUCACCAACAACAUGCCUGCCGUGGAGCGCUUCCCCCUCAGCUUUAAAUCUCAGUUCUCAGGGAACCACUUCCACCACAUUGUGCUGGGAGUCCACAGCGGGGGGCGCUUCGGAGCGCUGGGCAUGAGCCGAAGAGAGGACCUCAUGUUUAAGCCCCUGGAAUUUCGAACACUACUGGACUUGGUCCAGGAGUUUGAAGGAGCAUACAGGGGCUACUGGCACACCUUACGAAAAGUCAAGAUUGGCCAGUACGUUUCCCACGAUGCUCACAGCGUGGAGCAGAUAGAGUGGAAACAUUCGAUACUUGAUGUGGACAAGCUCACCAAGGAGGAGCUACGGAAGGAGCUGGAGAGACAUACUCGAGACAUGAGGCUAAAGAUAGGAAAGCCUGCACCUCCAUCUCCCACCAAAGAUAGGAGGAACAGCAUGGGUUCACCCCUCAGAGGACCAGGCAGCCCCAUACGGAGGAUCAGCCGUGUUGAGAGGCGCCCCUCUGGAGACAAGAAGGUUUUGGAACAAAAAUCGUCCACAGAUAUGAACGGAUACCAGAUUCGAGUCUGAGGAAGAUUUUUUUUUUUUUUUUUAGAUAAUUAGCAGAUUUCAAAGCGCCACACAGGGUGUUAGAUUUUGCCAUAGAAUACGAGCGUAACAGAAUACGUUCAUUAGAAAAUUAUAUUAUUUCAACACGUGCACAUAUUAACUGCCACCCACUCACAAGUCCUCAUGCACAAAUUCAAUGACCGGGAUGCAGCUGCAAGCUGGAAACAAAAAACACAGGGAGAGGCAAAGAAUGGGACGUGUCUGAGAGAGUUUCUGCUUGGUGCUGGAGCACACACGUGCUCUCACAGGUUAAUGCUAUGGCACAGCUAAAGCUGUGAAGUGACAUCAUCUUUCAAAUGUGUUUUGGUUAAAAGAAAAAGCGCUAAAAUGCAGCAUAAAAACAGUCAGUAUGCUGCAUAAUGGUACAACAACAUAAAAAAUGCAAUAUCAAUUUUUAAAAAUCUGAUUACAGCAGUGAAAUAUGGAUGCUCUAUGGGUGCAACCACAGCUCAGUGUAAAAAGAAAAACGCCUGCUCUGAUGUUUUCACUUCUACUAAAUUAGAAAUUUAAUGAUCCAAUCAGGAACGAAGGGCAGACCGUUUGAGUUGAGCGUUUUGCUGCAAAACAGUUAUACCCACUGUGUAGCCUUACCUAUUCAGGCUUAAAAACAGGUAAGGAAUUCUAUUUAUUUGGAUAGGCUAAAGAAAAUCAUACAAUGCACUUUUCCCCUGCCAUUUUUACAAUGUUUAUAUGUUACUUGACAAAAAUGUUUUUACUUGAAUUUGUUAUGUGGACCCUUAAUUUGGAGUCUCCAUUAACUCCACCGCCUCUGGACUUCCUGUAACAUUAACUGUCAGUGACAGUACAAGAAUCUCCAUGUGGGUAUGACUGUGUUUAUGGUGACCAAUCACAGUAGGGCCGAGAGAUUUCUAACCCUCGAAUCAGGUCGUGAGAGAAGCAGAAGCAGAAUUUAUUUUUUUUAAGCAGAGUUAACUUGUGCGUGUGUAAAUUUCCCUCAUGCUUGGGGCUGAUCUGAGCUUUGUACACACAGGUACCCCUCUAUGCCGCCCUACCCUUGUGUUUUGUUUCUUGCUCACAGAUGCCAACGCUGCUCAUUGAAUUUGUGCCCACAGAUUUAGACCAUGGAAGUGGCGGUUAAUGUGUUACAUGUCAUAUGACGUGAAUCUGAUAUUUUCCAGGGGCCAGUUAUUUAACCUAAGGUUUAUUUUUUUGUACACACAGGCCCGUUCACAGGAUUCAGUGUUGAAUAGAUUACCAGCAACUCCUCGCAAACAAACGCCUCACUCAGCUUCCCUGUGUUGUUACAGUAUUUUUCUGUAGCAGUUACUGUGCAUAGAAAUUGGUGCUGGCAGUGCUCCCAACAUAAAACAGAGCCGGGGCACAAGUGCAGUAAUAUGUAAAUAUUUUAAAUGACUGAAAAAAGUUUUGUUAAAACAAAGCGAAGAAGCUGGAGCUGGACAAAAAGUACCGGCUCAGCUGCUGGACAUAUCACAGGUCCCUGUGCUGCCUACAGAAGCUCUCAAGGCUCGUCUGCAAUCUGUCUAGUUGUACUGUAAGUGUGCAAAUACAUGUCAUGUAGUAUAUAUCCACUUAGACUCUGCUGGGCAACGAUUACUUGUGUAGUGACUAGUUUGCAAACCACUUCCCUCGUGCCUUGUGUGAUAAUUCAAAGAGGAGGAUAAACACUUUUUUUAAAACAUCUAACCCAUUAUUCUUAUUGCCCGACUAAACACAAAAGCAGCUCCGCUCGUCUGAAUCACUAUGACAUAAACACACGUGUCAUCAGUUAUUCUAACUGAUAAAUAUAACAUCUUUCACAUGAGUUAAAGCCGAUGAGUAAUGUAGCUGCAUUUAUUGUAAAGUAACAGCGAGGCGAGUUUGUGUGAAUUGUACUUUUAUUUGUAGCAACUUUAUCAAAUGUUUCACUUGCCUUAAGUGGUAACCUAAGUAACUGACUUCCAUUUAAACAAAAGUGUAUAGCAGUUUGUUUACAGCACUUUUACCUGCAUUUUGUAUUUUUUUAUUGGAAAUGCCGUCAUUUUAUACCCUCGUUGUUGGCGAUCACCCGUAAAUACUUAUUGUUUAUCACCCUGUUUUGAAUGUUGCUGCAGCCAAUGUUUUUAUCUCUACGGUAGGUGUUGUCCAUUCUCAUGUCUUAUAACACGGUUGUUUUGUAUCAAAAACUGUUGAUUUGCAGAAUCACAAUAAAGAGUCACCUUGAUU